CAGUGGGUGGUGUGACACACACAUCUGAUUUCGCAUAACCGUAGGCAGCGCUGCAAUAGUCGUAAAUGCAUUGACAUUGUUUUCAGACGCGCAUGCUCAGGCUCGCACUCCGCCGCGCCAAUCUUCCGCCUGUCCGUCGUCCAUUCUUUAAGCAUUAGGUGUAUUUUAAGAAUUCUCGCCGCUGUUGCAUUACAUCACGGUUUUGUGGCGCCUCGUGCCGUGCCGCGCCAUGGCGUCAAUAAUUAAGUCGUAUCUCGCGGCGUACAACCUCGCGCAAGCCCUCGGAUGGGCCGCGGCUCUCGUGCUGCUGCUGCACGAUGCCAUUGUAUCGGGGUCCGUCUCUAACGCGUACGCUGUCGCGGGCCCAAUCGUCGGCUACUGCCAGCUGGCGUCUGUCUUGGAGGUGCUGCACGCCGCCACAGGGCUGGUGCACAGCGGCGUGCUCACAGCAGCCAUGCAAUGGAGCGGCCGCUCCCACGUGCUCUUCACCGUGCUGGGCCGGCUGCCGCAGAUUCAGGCGCACGUCUCCGUAUUCAUCCUCUUGGUCACCUGGUCGCUCUCUGAGAUAAUCCGGUACCCCCAGUACGCCUUCUCGCUGCUGGGCUGCUGCCCUGCGUGGCUCACGUGGCUCAGAUACACUGCCUUCAUCCCCCUCUACCCUAUCGGCAUCUUUGCUGGGGAAAUGACGCUCAUGUAUCUGUCGCUGCCGCUCAUCCGCCCGGAGAAGCCCUUCCAGCACAUCUUCGGCAUGCUGCCCUUUGAAUACUACCACUUCGUUGUUGGCCUGCUGCUGUGCUACCCGUUCCUGUGGAUGCACCUGUACCGCCACAUGUUCCGACAGCGGAGGAAGAAGCUCAGCGGGGAGAAGGGCACUGGGAAGGGCAGGGGUAAGGGCAAAGCGGACAAGGGCAAGGGGAAGGUGGAGUAAAGAGGGGAGGGGCGGGGCGGGAAGGAGUCUGUGGGUGUGAGUUGGCCCUCCCUUCCUGUGGAUUCUGUACCAGUUCCGGCACAUGUCCCGGCAGCGGAGGAAGAAGCUCAGCGGGAGAAGGGCACGGGAAAAAGGAAGGGCAAUGGGGACCAGGGUAGGGGGAAGGUGGAGUAAGGAGAGGGGUGGGGAGAAGCAGGGCCAGGGGUAAGGGGGACAGGGGAAAGGGGAAGGUGGAGCAAGAUGGAGCAUAUGGUUGUGAGUUGUGCAAGAUCCGCUGCUAAGAAUGGAGGGUGGCUGGCAGGGAAUUUGGAAGGGAAGGUACUUCCUUCACUUAUUUAUUGUUCUUGCUGUAAGCUUGGAAUAGUUCCAUGAAUUCAAGCAUUUAUGGUAGUCCUAGGUGUAGAUGCUCAUAUUGUUACACAUUGUAUGUGUGUAAACUAGAUUUAUGAGUUAUGGUAGAUUGGAGUACAAUGGCAGU